AUGGAUGACAAACAUAAUGACGACAAGACGACGCCAGAUGGAAGCAACAACGGUGUGAUUAGCUUCAGUAACAGCCCGAGCAGCAAUGGUGCCGAUCCGAAUAGCCCUCAUGUCUGGCUCGUGGGUGGCGGUAUCGCAUCGCUGGCUGCCGCCGUGUUUUUAAUGGAAGAUGCCCAUGUACCAGGCGACCACAUCCAUAUCCUCGAGGCGUCCUCCAAGGCCGGUGGAUCAAUGGCAACAUUUUCGAAGCCAUCAUGGGAGACAGGAUAUCGAGUAUCAGCUAUUCGGAAGAUGAGCCUCACAUAUCGCUGCUUAUACGGGAUGCUUGAAAAGGUGCCAUCUGACAUCGAAGGCGAGACAUUAGCCGACAAAAUGCAUCGAUUCAAUCAGGCGAGGAGAAAGCUGGGUGCGUCUGGAACAAGAUUGGUCAGACAGAUCUUCGACAAGUAUGGUGGCGAAAAGCCCGAAGCUGUUGAUGUGAGCACCAUGGGUUUGAGUGUCAAGAACCAGUGUGACUUGAUGAGAGUUGUACUUGAAACAGAGGAGGAACUCGAAGGGCUUGAGAUCCAGGCUCUGUUCGAACCCGAUUUCUUUGAGACGAACUUUUGGGACCUUUGGGCGUCACUCAACCGCUUUCACCCUUGGUGUAGUGCUGUCGAAUUCCGACGAUGUCUGCACCGUAUGUUGCAUGAGUUCCCCAACAUGGGGACGCUAUCUGGAGUGGAGCAAGCACCAGAGGAGGACUUCGAGGCUAUUAUCAAGCCAUUGACUCAAUAUCUCAAGGCCAUGGAAGUUGAGUUCCGGCAUGGCAUACAAGUUAGCGGUUUGGAGAUCGAAGAUGAAGGGCCUGACUUUCGAGUUACUGCCUUGAAGACAUAUCAAGACAGCAAACAUGUUCAGUUGGAACUGGGACCUGACGAUCUCGUCUUCCUGACGCUGGGCUCUCUCACCUCGGGAAUGGGCUACGGCACGAAUAGCAAACCUCCGCCGACUCUGGAGCUCCGUGAUUCAGCGCCGCACGAGCUUGAUGCUUCAUGGUCUUUCUGGGAUAGACUUGCUCUUGACCACCCACAGACAUUUGGCAACCCAGAGGCCUUCUUCGACCGCCCUUCAAAGUCAACCUGGCUCUCGUUCACAGUGACGCUUCGCGAUCCGGCAUUUUUCGAACAUUUGUGUACCUGGACGGGCACGCUGACUGGAUCUGUGCCUCUUUUGACCUUCCGCGACUGUCCCUGGAUGCUCUCCCUCACGGUCCCCAAACAACCUUAUGUGAGGGACCAACCCGAGGAUGUUUUUGUCUUCUGGGGCUACGGUCUCUUCCCUGAUCAGCAAGGUCGAUACGUCAGGAAGCCCAUGCUCGAAUGCACUGGCGCCGAAAUCCUCACCGAAUUGCUACAUUUGAUGGCCUUCCCCCUCCAACCAACACUCGAGCGUUCCAUCACGAUCCCUUGCCUGAUGCCCUUGAUCGGUAGUCCAUUCCUCACACGAAAGAAGGGUGAUCGGCCAAAAGUGAUCCCUGACGGAAGCAAGAACCUGGGUCUGAUGGGGCAGUUCGUCGAGAUCGAGCGAGAAGUGACGUUCACAAUGGAGUAUUCGGUACGGUCGGCGCAACUGGCUGUGUACGGGCUUAUGAACGUCGAUAAGAAACCUCCAGCGGUACAGGGAGAGGACCAUGAAGUGUUGACAUUGGGCAUGGCGUUGAAAACAAUGAUGACUUGA